AUGGCUGGUCUUGGAAGCCAACAGUGUAAGAGCCGCCACUUGCUGGUAGCUUGGAAUAAGAAACAGCAGCAGCAGCAACAACAACUGCAACAUCAUCAACAGCAGCAGCAGCAGUUGAGCUUGGGACAUCUCCAAAGCACGGCCUAUCCGGGUCAUAGGAGCACCGCCCGACUUCUCUCCUCCGUUGCCGGCGGUCUCACCGACGACAGCGAGGACGAGGGCAGCCUUUCCCCGGUCCACGACCUCUCCAAGUCUCAGCAGGGCUCGGAGAGCGGCCGCGCGUCCCCGGACAUGAGCGAGGACGAGGGCGCGACAGCGACGGCUACGACGACGUCGAUGGGUUUGAGCGCCGGCGCCGAUGCUGCCCAGGGCAUGGAUGCCGGCUCCGGGAGCGGUGGCAGCGGGGGCCCCGGGGGCAGUAAGGCGAGACGCAGGCGCACCGCUUUCACCUCCGAGCAGCUGCUGGAGCUCGAGAGGGAAUUCCACGCCAAGAAGUACCUCAGCCUCACCGAGCGCUCCCACAUCGCGCAUGCGCUCAAACUCUCGGAAGUGCAGGUGAAGAUCUGGUUCCAGAACAGACGAGCCAAGUGGAAGCGCGUGAAGGCGGGCUUGACGAGCGGCGGCACGAGCAACCCGGCGAGUCGGCACAAUGGCAGCGGUUCCGGAGGAUCGCAGUCAAACAGCGGGCCGAGAAUCGUCGUCCCGAUACCGGUACACGUGAGCAGACUCGCCGUCCGCUCGCAUCACCACCACCUCGAGAAGUGCCCCCAGCCGUCGCAGUCGAAUGGCGCCGCGGGUCUCAACCUGAGCGUUAGCGGCCUGAGGAACGGCCUCGCGACCAGGAUACCCACCUCGCCGUUGCCCAGCAGUGGCAGUCUCGGCCUCGGCUCACCCGGGGCACUCAGAGCCUUCAGUGCCCCCCAGUCCUCCAGCUCGGCGAGGUAGCCAUCGGAGUAAGGACUCCGACGCGUCUUUACGUUACCUUUGCUCCUGCUCUCGAGGAUAUCCAAGAGGACGCGUGGCAAUGUCAAUAGCUUUUUAUCAUACAGCUUGCCAAGUGCCAAAAACUUUGUAUUUAGUGUACGAUGAUAUUGCGCACCGACGACACGGCGACGUCUACUUCACCGCCAACGGCUUUGACAAAUG